UUUUUUCCCUUUCUCGUCGUUUAAAGAUCUCAAAAAAGUAUGGCAAGAUUUUACAGAAUCCUUACUUUGGUCACGACGACCCUUGUGAUCUUGUUUCAACUAUGUAGCAUCGUAUCUUGCUCCACAAGCAACUCAAUCUCCAGAAACCAGACGAUACGAGACGGAGACUCACUGAUCAGCGAGGACGAAAGCUUCGAGGUUGGAUUCUUUAGUCCGAAGAACUCAACCUUAAGGUAUGUCGGGAUAUGGUACAAAAACAUCGAACCUCAAACAGUUGUCUGGGUUGCGAAUCGAGAGAAGCCAUUGUUGGAUCACAGUGGAGUUUUGAAGAUUGCAGAUGACGGGAAUCUGGUAGUUGUGAAUGGACAAAAUGUAACCGUUUGGUCGACAAGUGUUAAGCCCGAGUCAAACAACACCGUGGCUGUUCUGUUGGGAACAGGGGAUUUGGUUUUGUCUUCAGAUUCGGACAGAAGAAGAUGGUGUUGGGAGAGCUUUAACAAUCCGACAGAUACUUUCUUGCCAGGUAUGAUGGUUCGUGUGAAUCCUUCACUGAGAGAGAAUCGAAGUUUCAUCCCGUGGAAAUCCGAAAAUGAUCCUUCACCAGGAAGGUAUUCAAUGGGGAUUGAUCCUACUGGAGUGCCAGAGAUUGUGAUUUGGGAAGGGGAAAAGAGGAAAUGGCGUAGCGGACCGUGGAACUCGGUUAUCUUUACCGGUAUACCGGAUAUGUACCGAGUCACAAACUAUGCUAAGGGGUUUAAGCUCUCUUCUCCUGAUCGAGAUGGUACCAUGUUUUUCACGUACAGUACAAACAGUUCCGAUUUCUUGAGGUUUCGGUUUAGGUUUGAUGGCGUACAAGAGCAGUUUAGAUGGAAUAAGGACGCCAAGAACUGGACUUUGCUUCAAAAGAAACCGAACACGGAAUGCGAGAAGUAUAACCGUUGUGGUAACUACAGUGUCUGUGAUGAUAGCAAAGAGUUUGGUUCGGGUAAAUGCAGCUGCAUUGAUGGGUUUGAGCCGGUUUAUCAGGAUCAAUGGAAAAAUAUGAAUUUUUCUGGUGGCUGCAAGAGAAGAGUUCCAUUGAACUGUAGUGAGAGUCUGGAUGGGGACAAAAUAGAUGGGUUUAGGGUACUUCGUGGAGUGAAGUUGCCUGAUUUUGGAUUAGUUGUUUCACUUAACAAUGAGAGUUGUAAAGAUGAAUGCAUGAAGAAAUGUUCUUGUAAUGCUUAUGCGGUUGUAGUAGGGAUCGGAUGCAUGAUUUGGACCCGUGAUUUGAUCGAUAUAGAGCGUUUUGAGUUCGGUGGACUCCCUAUCAACAUCCGACUGGCGGGUUCUGAACUAGGAGGUGGAAAGGAAAAAUCGAAACUUUGGAUAGUUAUUGUUAGUGCUAUAUGUGCAUUCUUGUUUGGAUUAUGCACUUGGAUCUUAUGGAGAAGCCUUAAAGCUUUCUUGUUGAAGAAGAAAGAUCUUCCUGUUUCUGAUACCAGAGGGAACAGAGAUAACUCGGCUAAGUUCUCAAGCUCACCAAUCAAUGAUCUAGUAGGGGAUCAAGUUGACACACCCGAUUUAACAGUCUUCAGUUUCGACAGCGUAGCCUCAGCGACAGGAGGUUUCGCUGAAGAGAACAAGCUUGGACAUGGCGGAUUCGGUACUGUAUAUAAGGGAAACUUUUCAGAUGGAAGAGAGAUUGCGGUGAAGAGACUAUCAGGGAAGUCAAAGCAAGGACUAGAGGAAUUCAAGAACGAGAUCUUACUAAUCGCGAAACUCCAGCAUCGGAAUCUUGUUAGAUUACAAGGAUGCUGCAUUGAAGACAACGAGAAGAUGCUUCUCUAUGAGUACAUGCCAAAUAAGAGUUUGGAUCGCUUCCUAUUUGAUGAGAGUAGACGAGAAAUUUUGGACUGGAAGAAACGAUGGGAGAUUAUUGGAGGAAUUGCUAGAGGAUUGCUUUACUUGCAUAGAGACUCAAGACUAAAGAUCAUUCACCGUGACCUAAAAGCAAGCAAUAUCUUGCUAGACACGGAAAUGAAUCCAAAGAUUUCUGAUUUCGGUAUGGCUAGGAUCUUCAACUACCGACAAGACCAGGACAACACGAUCAGAGUUGUCGGCACAUAUGGUUAUAUGGCUCCGGAGUAUGCAAUGGAGGGGACAUUCUCAGAGAAAUCUGAUGUGUAUAGCUUUGGAGUGUUGAUAUUAGAGAUUGUGAGUGGAAGAAAAAACGUUAGCUUUCGUGGAUCUGAACAUGGAAGUCUCAUCGGUUAUGCGUGGUAUUUAUGGAGCCAAGGAAAGACAAAAGAGAUGAUAGAUCCAACGGUUAAGGACAGUCGAGACGUAGAGGAAGCGAUGAGAUGCAUCCACGUGGGGAUGUUAUGUACACAAGACUCAGUCAUCCAUAGACCAAACAUGGGUUCAAUGUUGUUGAUGUUGGAGAGUCGAACGGGUCAACUUCCACGGCCGAGACAGCCUACCUUCCACUCGUUCAUGCACUCCGGUGAGAUUGAACUCAACUUGGAUGGUCAAGAUGUUGCCACUGUCAACGAUGUCACUUUCACGACUAUUGUUGGGAGAUGAAACUCUUUGACCAAAAGUUAUUGCUCUUCCCCCCCUCCCCACGCUCCUUUGACUAUUCGUCUUUUUUGUUCUCCCAUAGUUUUCAACUUUUGUACAUAGUUAAAAUCUUCGUUUUCUUGAAGAUAUCAGUAUCAUACUAAUAUACAUAACUGGAUUUGUAUAUUGAAGAGAAAAUGAACAAAUCGGAUU